AUGAAGAGGAAAGUGGCAAGAGCUGGAAAAUUGAGGCUGAGUCCUAAUGAAGAAGCCAUGCUUUUAAAAGAAGAAUAUGAAAGAAGAAGAAAACUAAGGCUACAGCAAGUUAGGGAACAACAGAAGUACAUUGCCUUGCGGAUAAGACAAGAAGUAAAGCGGAGGAGAGAAGAACAAUUGCAUCAGUUAGAGGAGGCGUUGAGAGCUGAGUGGGAGAAAGAACAAGAUCAAAAGAUGAAAGCCUUAGAAAAACUGUAUUUAUCAAGCUUAAAAGCUGUUGGUGAGGGACAUAGACAAGCCAGGGAAAAUGAACCUGAUUUAGAAGCUCUGGCAAAGCAAGCAGAAGAAAGGAAACAAAGAGCUGAGAAGAGACAUAGAAAAGCCCUGAAAGAGCAGAAGAACCAAAAAGAAAAAUUACUUCAUGAGCAAGCCCGACUAAUCAAUGCACGAAAACAUGCUCUGGAUGUGGAAAAAGAAAGAGCUGCCAGAGUUGCCAGCCUACCACCUCCUCCACCCCAUCCUCUUGAGAAUUUUGAAGUGAAAAAAAUUCCUACAGUGAAGAUCUAUAAUGCUGACCACUUUCAUGUUACUCAUUAUCAUCUUUCAGAAAAUUAUGUGGACAGAGAAAUGGACAGAGAACAGGUAGAUGCUCGGUUAGUUGCUGAAGAGGAGGGAAAGCGCAUGGAGGAGCUACAUAGAGAGGAGGAGAGAGAUAGAAGAGAGCAGCUGGAAAAGGCCCAUAUUAGAGGAAGCCAUGCCUUGAAGAAGGUCCACUUGGCUCAGGAUAGGGAGAGGCUGCUGAAGGAACUGGAACAAAUGCAGAGUAUGGACCGGCUGCACAGGAGGCACCUUGUAGCACAGAUGCCACCUCAGCUGUUUGUACCUGCGUACAAACGACUGGAAAUAAAAGAAGACUGGCAGAGGGAACUGGAGUUUGCCUUUGAAGACAUGUACAGUGAAGACAGGAGGAUGCAAGGAGACUUGAUUUUGCACUUUGAGCCACAGCCGCUACCAUCCCCUUCGGAAAGAUCUCAAGACAAUGAACUUGAUGUCACUUUGGAGCACGAAGCUGCUUGUGACACUGGACAAGAAUUGCGAGAGACGACAGAGGAAGUUCCUGAUGAAACAGAAAGUAAUGAAGAAGGAAAAAAUCACCAACCUCAGUCAAAACUUGCCUUAAGGAAGUUGCUGAACAAAAUCAGAAGCCAAAAAGAGGAAUGGACCUCAAAAAGUGAGAGAGAAUGUMAAAACGAAACUGAGACUAUUGAAUCAGGCACAAUUGCUAGUGAAGAGAGACAAUUAUGUGAUGUAGAACUUAACCAUGAACAAAAUAAAACUUCAGUAUCUGCAAAUAAAGACUCCAUGGAAAUUUUCAAAGAUGCAGGUGUAGCUGAAAGUUCAGAUCUAAUUAAUCCUCAAGAACAAGCAGCUAAAAAUAGAAUGGAAGAGGAAAGGAAAAAAUGGAGUGAGCAAAUAGAGCACCAGAAACAGGAGCAGCUGGCCUUGCUUAAACAAAUUGAAGAAAAGAGAGCGCGUCUGGAGGCUGAUUUGCUGAAGAUCCAGAUCCCCCAGAUUUUGGAGGAGGUUAAAGAAAAAGCAAAAGGGGAGGAAGGUCAGCUGGUACAAAACAACAGUCCUCUCCCAGACCAGCAGAAAGACGGGGARGAUGAGACUGAAAUUACUGCUGCGAUAAAAACUGCAAGCCCCAGACAAGCCAGUCAUUUACAGAUGAUUCGUAGUUAUCAACAGCGUCUUCUACAGCAAAACAGGCUGCACAAACAGACUGUUGAAGAAGCUAGAAAGUGUCUGCAGGAGUAUCAGAAUAAACUGAAGCAAAGAUACCCAAUGAUGCCAGUCACACCUCUGAGUUGUGCAGAAGCCAAGUCAGUUAGUUUAAAGRUGACCUCAGAACCCAUUCUGCAGAAACAAGAAGUGCAUCCAGCACAACACCAGUUGUCUGAACAAGUUCAUACCCAAGAGUGUGGCCAGUCGCUUCCUGGGAAUUCGGAAACGCCGCAGGUCCUUGAAAAACCAUCGUCCCCGAAAUAUGAAGAGCAAAGGCACAAUGUUUGUCCUGGUAGGCGCGUGCGGUUUUUGGAAACAUCACAAUGGGAUCAAGGAGUGUUUCACUUGCCAUCUAGCUCUUCUUCACAGGAACAAGUGGAAAUCUCGGACACCUCUAGUAUUCAAGGCAGAGAUUUGGCGCGGGUUCAGACCCCUCCAGGGCUGGCCAUGGCUUUACAAGAUGACCCUGCUGUAGGAACGCAACCAAAAACCCGUACACAACACGUUAGAUUUGUUUUGCCUGCAGAAAAUUCCUCUGAACCUUCAGGAAUAUUUGAGCAGGAUAAGGAGUUGUCAUCAGUCAAGACAUCUARCCAUCAAACAGAGGCAGAAGCUGUAGAAGAGCCUCCACUUACAGUGCCCCUUUUGUCAGCAACAGAGACACCUGGGGUGGCCCAGGCAGCCUCAAGUGAUUCUCAGGAGAGCCACUGGGCACCUGCAGGCAGCAGCAUUAAAGCAAGCUUUGAACAACCCCCCUCUCUCUUUCAGCCUCUGGCUUCAUCUCAUGAGCAACUUAAAGCCCAGGAGUUCUUGAUAUCAAAAAGUGGAGAUGCAUCUUUGUUAAGUUAUUCUAGUAUAUUGAAUUUAAGGGACAGGGUUUUGGCUUCCUCAGAGAGCAUCCAAGCUCAGCAAAAGUAUUUGAAAGAACUUCAAGAGCAGCUAGAUGCACAAAGAGAAGCUCUUCUUUCUAGACAAAAAAUGCAAGAACAGCUACUUAUAAAGAAGCAGGAUAUGCUGAAGGAACAAAUGCAGAGACAGCAAGAGGCUUUGAAAGAAUUCCUGAACAAGCAAGUGAGACAGUUCAACACAAAUGAAGUGACAUGGGCAAAGCCCAACGGUCUGACUGACUUCUUGCAAACCUCAGAAAACCACCAGCUAGAGAACUGUGAAACAAAGGAGCCUGAGAAGCUUGGAUGUAAAGGACAGAAAUGGAAAUCUUCCAAACCACCUCUGGCAAAAGUCAAGCUAGGUCUUAAUUUGGAGCAGCAUGAACUUAGUGUUAUACCAGAAGCAGACACACCAAGGAGCUGCAGCAUUUCUUUUGCAGAUAAAACAGAUUCUGCUCGUGGAGAAUCUCUUCCCGUUUCGCCUGUCGGGGAAUUGGCCUGUGCCAGCUGCUACAGUCGCGCUCUGCAUGGAGAUGGCAGGUUCCCUGGAAGCAUAGCAAGCUGUGAAGAACAAACCUCCAGUGGAAGUCUACAGGAAAGUGAACACUCGGCCCGGCCCCAGGGUUCUCCUGUGACUCCGGAUUUGCCAGUUCUGGCUGCUGAAGUUGGAAACGGAGGCGUGAGCCCUUCUGGAGCAUCGUUCCGACAUCACGAUAUGGGAAUACUUUCUAAAGUACUAUCCACAAGCUUCAGUUCAGAGGCUUUCAUGGAAGGGGGACCUUGUGAUUCAUCUUCAACAAUUUCCACUGGAAGCUUUUUAACUAGUGAAAUAUUGGAUGCAGGCCCUGUUGACACUGGAUUAUCUUCCUGUAGCACAGAAGAUCAGAUGUUGGGGGAAACAACAAGCCACCCUUGGAACUCCCUGUUGUCUUUUAACAUGCAGGGGAGGCGAGAGCUUUUUUCUGCAACAUCUGGAGAUGCAGAAGCAUCAUCAGCAGACAAUGCUCCUUUCCAAGUUCCAGCUGUGGAAUUUGAUUUUCCUGCAGUGGAGAGACCCGUUGCUAACUUCCUUCACCAGCACUUCCAGCCUCUGGAGCCAAGUCUUGAUUUGGAUCUCUCACCUCUCAUUCCACAGAACAACAUUUCAGGAGACAGCAGGGAACUUGGCAAGGCUUCAAGAUUUUCAAGAAAAAGUGAGAACACAGCUGUGUGUGUAGAAGGCAGAGGCUCCAGCUGGAACAUACACAGAAGCAGUCUCCCUUCUCGUGUAGGAACAAGCAAGUCGGCCCACACUGCAUCAGAGCAAGAGCCCGCGGCAGAGAGUGUCACCCUGGGAUCUGAGGAAUCUUUCCAUCCAGUGCAGCUGGAAGGCACUGAGAGCGAUGGCUGUCAUGGCACUGAGGAGCAAAAUCCCAGGAUUAUAAACCAGGAGGCUGAGACCUGGRAUUCACCUGCCAGGCAAUAUGAAGAACUGGCAAGAAACAUAGAAUCCCUUAACCUACAGAGUGCAGUGGAAGAGCUGCGAAAGGAAAGUCCAAAUUCCCUGCAGGAACAAAAUUCUUUUUAUCAAGAGCAAAGAUCAUUUUAUCAGCUAAACACCACACCGGCUGCAAUGGAUAAAACUSUGCCUGAGCACUUUAUAAAAGAGGAUGCAGCAUUUGAAAAAGAGACUUUGUGCUCUGGAAAAACACCCGCUGARGUGGCUUUUGAGGAAUAUGUGAAACUUGCUGAAAAAUCAGUUCAUGGAAAUGAAGGAAAUAAAGCCGUGGAAGUGGCUUCCCAGUGGGACAUCAAUACGAAGAAGAGAGCUCAAGGCUCUCCAGAAACACAGAAAUCCUCCAGGCAUCCGGUUGCACCUGACUUGGACACCUCAGACAUCAGCUUACAGGCUGGUGUACAACAAAAUGGUUCCUUUCUGGAGAGAUAUAAAAAAAGCUCUAAUGCUGUUCUUARAGGCUCUGGUCGUGUUCCAGUGUGGGAGACCGAGUCAGGCCGGGGCAUCAUGGARGAGCCUGAGCUCACGCUGACGAGCUCCAAUGACAUCAGCAUUGCAGAAUCAGACGCUGAACACACRAGCCAAGGGAAAGCUCAAGACGGCAAAAUCAGCAACCCAGCAUGUGCAGACCAGUCUGAAUUCAGUAAUUUUCCUGAGGAGAGGGAAUUUUUACCGUUGUCUCCAGAUACGGAUUAUUCAGUUUUCAAAAGGCCAGACGGAUCUUUCUGUGCCCAGAGUUCUGAUGAAGCGACGCCACUGGAGUUUCCUUCUGCAUCAGGAACUUUGCAAGAAUCUUUUUUGAAAAGAAAGAAAGAUUUCAUCCAGAAAUCUCAGAGGAGAGUAGAAGAAAUAAAAAGUAAAGGGAGAAAAAACGGAACAGUCGAAGCUGGACAGUUGCAGAGGAGAAAGACUGCGAUGUUAAGCAGACCAAAGGCAGCCUCUCCCACCUCCGAGAAGGGUGCAGCUACCACUCGGUUGAAGAAAGUAGGAGAAGUUCAAGUGUCUUCCCCAGCAGACCGGAAGGCUGCAGCAGUUGAAAUGUCCCAGCGAACUUCCAGACUUUAUAAUCAACUGACAGAAGUGAAAAUCAGAAAGGAGGAAAGAACAAGGCAAGAAAUGUAUGCUAAAAACAGAGAAAAGGCUAAAGAGUUUCAAAAAAAAACACUGGAAAAACUACGAGCCAGGAAGAAACCUUUGAAAUGACCUUGACUGACAUAACUGAGACCCCCAAAAAUUACUUCAGUUGUACACUCCAAAGAUUGCACUGAAAGAGCUUCCAUGAAGCARUGUGAUUAUGAAAGGGGUGGGAAAGUUGAGCUGUCUGGAAAUCAGAAGUAAGCAAUCACUGAGGUAACCAAGAUGUUUUAUUGACAAAUCACUACAGACACUGAUAACAGCAGCAACAGCUGCUUUAAAGGGUGCCUUCAAUUAGGAAAAUGAAGACAUUGAAAAGCCUUUCCAGAGGUCAGUGUUUUAAAGGAAGUUCAGAUGAAUUUUUUUAAGA